AAAGCCGCAAGGGUGAUACACCGAGAGUCUUCUUAUAGAUGACGUUAUUACCAUGGUCCUCGACUGUCUGGUGAUGGUAUCGCGUGGCUGGCUUGUUAGGAAAUUCUUACCCCGCAAUCUCGAUCUGCGAUAUUGGAAACCUGAUCUCAAGGAUCAAUUAACAUAUGCAGCCAAUACAUCUCGAGUAGUACUCUUAUGCCCAAUGUACACUAUUGGGUGCCUGUGCGCUGGUCAAUUUUCUCUCGCUGUCAUGUGUCCAUCCCGGUUGUUCAUUCUGCUCAGUCUAUGGUGGACCACAUAAUGGCAAGGAACGCCUCAACUUUAUCCUGGGCCAACCAAUU